UUUGGCUCUAAGACUCGUUAGUGUUUAUUAUAUUUUAGUCAUGUCAAGAACUCCUUCCUUGAAGAGGAUUAUGAAAGAAUAUAAGGACUUUGAGAUGGACGCUCCAGUUGGGUGUUCUGCAGGUCCUAUCUCAGAAGAUGAUAUGUAUAACUGGCAAGGCUAUAUAGCUGGGCCUGCUGAAACUCCAUAUGAAGGAGGAGUCUUUCUUCUCAAGAUUGAGUUUGGAAAUGACUACCCUUUCAAACCACCAAAAGUUGCAUUUACAACCAAGAUUUAUCACCCAAACAUCAAUUCUAAUGGUUCAAUAUGUGUUGACAUCUUAAAGGAACAAUGGUCUCCUGCUUUGACGAUUUCAAAAGUGUUGCUAUCUAUAAGCACUCUUCUUGAUGAUCCAAACCCAAAAGAUCCCCUUGAGCCAAAAAUCGCUGAGGAAUACCUCAACGACAGAGAGGCUUACAACGAAAAGGCUAAGGAGUGGACAAGAACUUAUGCUUAAGCUUUCCUACUCUCCUUCAGCUAAAUACAAUAAUCAUAAUUUU